AUGUCCAAGGCAGCCGCCCUCCGGCGCGCCCUCUUCUCGCGCAGAUCCCUUGCCAUCGUCUCCGGCGGCACCCUCGUCGCAGCAGGCGGCGGGUACUGGUAUCUCAACUCCGGCCCAACCUAUCCACCCUCCACGAAGGAGACGCGGAGGCCCCCGCCACCAUGGACGCCCCCCUCGAGGCAGAACAUGCUUGAUGCGCUCAAGGCGUCCGAUGUCAAGCAGGGAAACGAAUAUACGGAAGAGUUUGACCUCCUCAUCGUCGGAGGUGGUGCGACAGGAGCUGGUGUCGCUCUCGAUGCUGCUAGCAGAGGUCUGAAGGUCGCCCUCGUGGAACGGGAUGAUUUCAGCUCUGGAACUUCGUCAAAGUCCACGAAGCUCGUCCACGGUGGUGUCCGUUACCUCCAAAAGGCAGUCAUGGAGCUCGACUACGAGCAAUACAAGCUUGUCCGCGAGGCCCUUCAUGAGCGUCGUAUUUUCCUCCAGACUGCACCCUAUCUGUCGGCCAUGCUGCCAAUUAUGUUGCCAAUUUACAAGUAUUGGCAGGUGCCGUAUUAUUGGGUAGGCUGCAAAAUGUACGAUGUUCUCGCAGGCAAAGAGAACAUGGAGUCUUCGUACCUCAUGAGCAAGGGGAAGGCACUCGAGACUUUCCCUAUGCUCAAGCAGGACGGACUCGUCGGUGCACUGGUUUACUAUGACGGACAACACAACGACUCGCGGAUGAACAUCGCGCUGAUCAUGACGGCCGUCCAGCAGGGCGCGAUCGUCGCCAACCACGUCGAGGUUACCUCCCUGGCCAAGGACACUUCCUCCGGACAGCUGCACGGCGCGCGCGUCAAGGACAGGCUCUCCGGCCAAGAGUGGAACGUGCGCGCCAAGGGCAUCAUCAACGCGACGGGGCCCUUUGCCGACGCGCUGCUCACCAUGGACAAUCCCUCGCACAAGCCGAUCGUCCAGGCCGACGGGCGCGUGAUCUUCUUCCUGCCGUGGCAGGGGAACACGAUCGCGGGCACGACGGACACGCCCGCACGCGUCGAGACGGAGCCGCGCGCGCAGGAGGAGGAGAUCCGCUGGGUGCUCGAGGAGGUCCGGCGCUACCUCAGCCCGGACAUCAAGGUCCGCCGCGGCGACGUGCUCAGCGCGUGGAGCGGCCUCCGCCCGCUCGUGCGCAACCCGAACGCGGCGAGCACGGAGGGCCUGGUCCGCAACCACAUGAUCCAUGUGAGCGACAGCGGAUUGCUGACGAUCGCUGGUGGCAAGUGGACGACGUACCGCGCGAUGGCGGAGGAGACGGUCGAUAAGGCGGUCGAGGUCUUUGCGCUCAAGCCGAAGAGCGGGUGUGUCACCGAGAGCCUCAGGCUGGUUGGCAGCGACGGCUGGAGCAGGAACAUGUUCAUUGGUCUCAUUCAACGGUACGGUCUUUCUACGGACGUGGCUAAGCACCUCGCGGACAACUAUGGUGAUCGCGCGUGGACGGUCUGUUCCUACGCAGCGCCCACUGGCGAAAGCUGGCCCCUUCAUGGUGUCCUGUUGGCAGCAAGCUAUCCCUUCAUUGAAGCCGAGGUGCGCUACGCCGUGCACCACGAGUACGCGCAGACCGCCGUCGACGUCAUCGCGCGCCGGUGCCGCCUCUCCUUCCUCAACGCGCAAGCCGCGCUCGACGCGCUCCCGCGUGUCCUCGACAUCAUGGCGGAGGAGUGCAAGUGGUCGAGCUCGCGCAAGGCGGCGGAGCUCGAGCGCGCGACGCGCUUCCUCGCGAGCAUGGGCCUGCCGCCGAACGCGGAGCCGGGCGCGCUCGGCAUCGCGGGCCAGCGCAGGCGGCGCGCGGGCGCGGAGAUGGUGUACAGCCGGGCGCAGUUCGAGGCGGGCGAGAAGCUGGCGACUGAGCACGUGCUCGACCUCGUGAAGGCGCUGCCCGGGUACGGGGCGGUGAACAAGAAGGACUACGAGUACGUCCUUGAGGAGGCGGGCUUCUCGAAGGCGCAGGGUGUCGACUUUGAUGAGUUCGUUGAGAUCUCAGGCCGGGGAGCAGACCGAAGGAGGAGGAUCCCGGUGGAGAAGAGUGGUGGCGGUGUCUAA